CCGCGGGGCGGGAGAUGCGGCGCCGAGGGGGAGGAGGGCGCCCCGGAGAGCCUGGCGCUUGUUUCUGCCCCGCUGCGGAAGGGAGCAUGGAGCUGUGAGCGCCCUUCGCUCGGCGAGGCCGCCCCGGGCAGGCUCCCCAUGGCUGGGACGUACAGCUGCACUCUGAAGACGCUGGAGGACUUGACCUUGGACUCCGGCUAUGGGGCCGGGGACUCGUGCCGCUCGCUCAGCCUCUCGUCCUCCAAGUCCAACUCGCAGGCGCUCAACUCUUCGGCGCAGCAGCACCGCGGGGCGGCCUGGUGGUGCUACUCCGGCUCCAUGAACAGCCGCCACAACAGCUGGGACACGGUGAACACGGUGCUGCCCGAGGACCCCGAGGUGGCCGACCUCUUCUCGCGCUGCCCGCGCCUGCCCGAGCUGGAGGAGUUCCCCUGGACCGAGGGCGACGUGGCCCGGGUGCUGCGCAAGGGCGCUGGCGGCCGGCGGCUGCCCCUGUUCUCGGCGGAGGCGGUGAGGCGCCUGGCCGGGCUGCUCCGCAGAGCGCUGAUCCGCGUGGCCCGCGAGGCGCAGCGCCUGAGCGUCCUGCACGCCAAGUGCACCCGCUUCGAGGUGCAGAGCGCCGUGCGCCUGGUGCACAGCUGGGCGCUGGCCGAGAGCUGCUCGCUGGCCGCUGUCAAGGCGCUGUCUCUGUACAGCAUGAGCGCUGGCGACGGGCUGCGCCGGGGCAAGUCGGCGCGCUGCGGCCUCACCUUCUCGGUGGGCCGCUUCUUCCGCUGGAUGGUGGACACCCGCAUCUCCGUGCGCAUCCACGAGUACGCGGCCAUCUCGCUGACGGCCUGCAUGGAAAACCUCGUGGAGGAGAUCCGGGCCAGGGUGCUGGCCAGCCAGAGCCCCGACGGCGGAGGGGCCGGAGGCGGGGAGGUGUCCCCCGAGGCCCUGGAGAUGGUCGUCAACAAUGAUGCCGAGCUCUGGGGCGUCCUGCAGCCCUAUGAGCAUCUCAUCUGCGGCAAGAACGCCAAUGGUGUCCUCUCCCUCCCCGCGUACUUCAGCCCCUACAGCGGCGGGGCCCUGGGCCAUGACGAGCGGGCAGACGCCUACGCACAGCUGGAGCUCCGCACCCUGGAGCAGUCCCUCCUGGCCACCUGUGUGGGGAGCAUCUCAGAGCUGAGCGACCUGGUCUCCCGCGCCAUGCACCACAUGCAGGGGCGCCACCCCCUGUGUCCUGGCUCCAGCCCUGCCCGCCAGGCCCGCCAGCCGCCCCAGCCCAUCACCUGGUCCCCCGACGCCCUCCACACGCUCUACUACUUCCUGCGGUGUCCACAGAUGGAGUGCAUGGAGAACCCCAACCUGGACCCCCCGAGGAUGGCCCUCAACAAUGAACGGCCCUUCAUGCUGCUGCCGCCACUGAUGGAGUGGAUGCGCGUGGCCCUCACCUACGCGGAACACCGCCGCAGCCUCACCGUGGACAGUGGUGACGUCCGGCAGGCAGCCCGGCUGCUGCUGCCCGGCCUGGACUGUGAGCCCCGGCAGCUCAAGCCCGAAUGCUGCUUCAGUUCCUUCCGGAGGCUGGAUGCCCGAGCAGCCACUGAAAAAUUCACCCAGGACCUGGGCUUCCGCAUGCUCAGCUGCGGCAGGACGGACCUCAUCAACCAGGCAAUCGAAGCCCUGGGCCCGGAUGGGGUUAACACCGUGGACGACCAAGGUAUGACGCCGCUGAUGUAUGCCUGUGCAGCAGGGGACGAGGCGAUGGUCCAGAUGCUGAUCGAUGCCGGGGCAAACCUGGACGUCCAGGUUCCAAGCAGCUCUCCUAGACACCCCUCUGUUCACCCUGAUAGCCGGCACUGGACGCCGCUCACGUUCGCUGUGCUGCAUGGGCACAUCUCUGUGGUCCAGUUGCUGCUGGACGCCGGUGCCCACGUGGAGGGCUCAGCCGUGAAUGGCGGCGAAGACAGCUAUGCGGAGACACCCCUGCAGCUGGCCUCUGCGGCGGGGAACUAUGAGCUGGUCAGCUUGUUGCUGAGCCGAGGCGCUGACCCCCUGCUCAGCAUGCUCGAAGCCAACGGCAUGGCCUCCUCCCUCCACGAGGAUAUGAACUGCUUCAGCCACUCGGCCGCCCACGGCCACAGGAAUGUCCUGAGGAAGCUCCUGACACAGCCACAGCAGGCCAAAGCAGACGUGCUGUCCCUGGAGGAGAUCCUGGCCGAGGGCGUGGAGGAGAGUGACACGUCCAGCCAGGGCAGCGGCGGUGAGGGGCCCGUGCGGCUGAGCCGGACCCGCACGAAGGCCCUGCAGGAGGCCAUGUACUACAGUGCGGAGCAUGGCUACGUGGACAUCACCAUGGAGCUGAGGACGCUGGGUGUCCCCUGGAAGCUGCACGUCUGGCUCGAGUCUCUGAGGACAUCCUUCUCCCAGUCGCGGUACUCGGUGGUGCAGAGCCUCCUGCGGGACUUUGGCUCCAUCAAGGAGGAGGAGUACAGCGAGGAGCUGGUGGCCGAGGGCCUGCCGCUCAUGUUCGACAUCCUCAAGACCAGCAAAAACGACUCCGUCAUCCAGCAGCUGGCUGCCAUCUUCACGCACUGCUAUGGCGGCACCCCCAUCCCCAGCAUCCCCGAGAUCCGGAAGACCCUGCCGGCCAGACUAGAUCCUCACUUUCUGAACAACAAGGAGAUGUCGGACGUGACCUUCCUGGUGGAGGGAAAGCUGUUCUAUGCGCAUAAAGUCCUGCUGGUGACGGCCUCUGACAGGUUCAAGACGCUGAUGACGAAUAAAUCAGAACAAGACGGCAACAGCAGCAAAACCAUUGAGAUCAGCGACGUGAAGUACCACAUUUUUCAGCUGAUGAUGCAGUAUCUGUACUACGGAGGCACGGAGUCCUUGGACAUCCCCACGGCCGACGUCCUGGAGCUGCUGUCAGCUGCCAGCUUGUUCCAGCUGGACGCCCUGCAGAGGCACUGCGAGAUCCUGUGCUCCCAGACGCUCAGCGUAGAGUGUGCCGUGAACACCUACAAGUACGCCAAGAUCCACAACGCCCCUGAGCUGGCCCUGUUCUGCGAGGGUUUCUUCCUGAAGCACAUGAAGGCCCUGCUCGAGCAGGACUCCUUCCGGCAGCUCAUCUACGGCCGCAGCAGCAAGGUGCAGGGCCUGGACCCGCUGCAGGACCUGCAGAGCACCCUGGCCGAGCGCGUGCACUCUGUCUACAUCACAUCCCGGGUGUGAGGGGGGAUGGCUGGUCGGCACAUCCCGCCCU